AUGGCCCCUGUGACAGGUCAAGGCAAUAGACUCCACGCGCAAUACGGAGAAGUAGUGCGCCUCUCGCCUGAUGAACUCAGCUUCACCAAUCCAAAAGCUUGGCGCGACAUCUACGGCUAUGGGUCAAAGGAAGGCCCAGGCUCGGCGCCACCCAAAAAUUGGAAUCGCCGGGGAAGUUCUCCUAAUGGGGCCAACUCACUUGUCGCAGAGCAAGACAAUGCCGAGCAUGCACGGAUUCGCAAAAUCUUCUCUCCCGCGUUCUCUGACCGAGCGCUCGUACAGCAGUCACCAUUAUUUGUCAAGUACGCUGAUCAACUUAUCCGCAACUUGAGAGAAAGUGUCCAGGCGAACGCGGUCGAUCUCGUCCGAAUGUACAACUUCACCACUUUCGACGUCAUGGCCGACCUAACAUUUGGCGAAUCUCUACACCUGCUCGAUAACGCAGAGUACACCACCUGGAUUCAAGUCAUCUUCAAAAGCAGCAAGCGCGGUACGCUAAUAAGCAUCUUCUUCUACUACCCGCUCGCCAAGUUUAUGCUAUUUACAUUGUUGGGUAAAAAGAUUGCGACAUUUCGGAGGGAGCAUCACAACUACACUGUCGAAAGGGUCACUAAGCGACUUGAAAAGGGACGAGUGUCGGAGGGUGUCGAUCUGUGGGACCUGGUUCUCCAACAAGAAGAAGGGUAA